UACCUGACCUCCACUACCCCCAUCUCCCAAAUCACAAUCAUAUGGUUAACUCUCCAUCCCCUCUUUUUACAUAUAUAAUAUCCUCUUCCGGUCUUCCUACUUCAAAACUUUCUCCCUUCAUCCCAAAAGCCUCAGCCCCCCCUUCUUAAUAGUUGGUCGUUGAUGCUCAAAAGGAAGUGAACAUUAUGGCCUCCUCUGCUUCUACUUCCAUUCUUCUCAUAUUCCCUUGUUUUCUUCUCUUUCAACCCUUCCACUCUCUCUCCAUGACAACAGCAGGAACUACAACAACAACAACUACUGUUACUACCACAACACCAACAACAAAGACUGAUAAGCCACUUAUUUUGCCUCUCAGAGCCCAAAAGGUGGCACCUUCAUCACUCCCCAGGCCUCCCAACAAGCUGCUCUUCCACCACAAUGUCAGCCUCACCGUUUCCCUCUCCGUCGGCUCCCCGGCCCAGAACGUCUCCCUGGUCCUCGACACCGGCAGCGAGCUCUCCUGGCUCCUCUGCGACUCCAAAACCUCGCCGUCCUUCCGCCCCCGCGCCUCCUCUUCCUACUCCCCCAUCCCCUGCUCCUCCCCGACCUGCCGCUCCCAGACUCGCGACCUCCCAAUCCCGGCAUCCUGCGACGCCUCUCGCCUCUGCCACGUCGCCCUCUCCUACGCCGACGCCUCCUCCUCCGAGGGCACUCUCGCCGCCGACCUCUUCUCCCUCGGCGCCUCCCCUCCCCUGCGCACCGCCUUCGGCUGCAUGGCCGCCGCUUACUCCUCUGCCACCGGCGAUCCAGCCGCCGUCGGCAUGCUCGGAAUGAACCGGGGGUCCCUCUCCUUUGUCUCCCAGACCAACACCCGCCGCUUCUCCUACUGCAUCUCCGACCGCGACUCCUCCGGCCUCCUCCUCCUCGGCCACGCCACCCUCUCCUUCCUCCCCCUCAACUACACUCCUCUUGUCAAGAUCUCUCUCCCCCUCCCCUACUUCGACCGCGUCGCGUAUUCCAUCCAAUUGGAGGGCAUCCGCGUCGGCGCCGUCCUCCUCCCCAUCCCCAAAACCGUCCUCGUCCCGGACCACACCGGCGCCGGCCAGACCAUGGUAGACUCCGGCACCCAGUUCACCUUCCUCCUCGGCGAGGCCUACAACGCCUUGAAAAUCGAAUUUUUACGGCAGACCAAGGGAGUACUCCCCCCUCUGGGCGAGCCCAACUUCGUAUUCCAGGGGGCCUUCGACGCCUGCUUCCGGGUGCCGGAGAGGCGGCCGCUGCCACGGCUGCCGGCGGUAGUGCUGAUGUUCCAGGGGGCGGAGGUGGCGGUCUCCGGCGAGCGGCUGCUCUACCGGGUUGGCGGAGAGCGGCGAGGAUGGGACGGGGUGUGGUGUUUAACGUUCGGCAACUCGGACUUGGUGGCGCUCUCGGCGUACGUUAUAGGGCACCACCACCAGCAGAACGUGUGGGUCGAGUACGAUCUGGAAAACGGCCGGCUCGGGUUCGCGCCGUUCCGAUGCGACCUCGCGAGCCAGAGGCUGGGUGUGGUCCUAUGAGGGUGGGUCAGUCUCUUUAAUUCUGGGACAUGUGACAUGUUGUAUAGGAUAGGAUGCAGACAAUAUGACAGCGUCCGUGGCUUUUUUUAGUUGUGAGUGACGGAAGGGUUGCCAAUUCUCAAUCUCAUGGUCCAGAUUGCUGCACUCAACGGCGAGGAAUGGCAUGACUGUGGGUGCAUCAGUUGUAGGUCUCUACAAGAGACGGAGGACGGCAACACUUCAUUGCACAUGGAUGUAUCUAAUACUUGGAACAUGAAUCUAUACUUAAAAUUUUAUGUGC